UAGAAUACAAGCCCAAGAAGCACGUCAAAGACUAUACAGCUAAUUGAGCCCAAGACUUCUUAAUUCGCAAGACGUAUUUAUUUUAACAGCCUAUAUCUCUGAUUGCUAUUACCUAGGUGUUAGCUAUAAACUCCGUUAAGACCAUCCAACACGACAGGUUAUUCUGCAUACUGAACUUCCUCAACUUCGCUAGGAAUACGCUCAUUGGGCAAAACAAAUAGAAAGUUAAGAAUAUAAAUAAGAAGCGAAUUCGAGACGAGAGGCUACUGAUAAUAAUUCUAAAUAACUACCGUGAAUUGAUAUCAUAUCGACUUUUUGAAAAGACUGACCCACUCAAAAUUAACGUGAUAGACGAAUCCAACGCCAAAAUGACUACUACAACCCAUCCCGAAUUCAAUGAUCAUACAGAGGCAUUGGAUGUUGCGAAGGCCUUUGCUGUGGAGAUUCGUGGUAAAACGGUACUCGUGACGGGUGUAAAUGUUGCCGGUAUUGGAUUUACAACUGUGCAAGCUUUUGCUUCUCAAUCUCCAGCCCACAUAAUCCUCGCCAGCCGUACUCCAUCCAAGAUUCAAGAGUGCAUCGACAAGCUCAAGGCUGAAUUUCCUAAUGUAGACUACCGCUCUCUUAUUCUCGAUCUUUCUACACAGAGAACUGUUAGGGCCGCUGCCGGCGAACUUCUAUCAUGGUCUGAUAUACCUACUAUCGAUAUCAUCGUCAAUAGCGCCGCCAUCUCUAUUAUUCCCGAACGCACGAUCAACGAAGAUAGACUUGAGAUACAGUUUGCCACUAAUCACAUCGGACACUUUUUGUUCACUUGCUUGAUCAUGCCGAAACUUCUCAAGGCGGCAGAGCGCAGCCCAAAAGGGGCAACUCGGAUCAUCAACGUUUCUUCACUUUCUCCAGUAUCCGCCCGUAUGCGAUGGAGUGAUCUCAAUUUCGAAAAGAAGAGCAAAGAACUCCCCGAAGACGAACAGCCCCCUUACGAGAUGCACAAACGGUGGGGAGGGGUGGAUAUUGAAGACAAAGCAUACCUGCCGCUUGAAGGUUACAAUCAGGGCAAGGUUGCGAAUGUACUAUUCAGCAUAGCAUUGAACAAGAGGCUGUACGAGAAGUACGGAAUCUUGAGUAUAUCCCUGCACCCCGGAGUAAUAAGUACAGAGCUGGCCAGAGAAGCUACACAAAGCACGAGAGAUCUAAUCGACAGUUGGAAGAAAGGGGGGCAACUUUACUUCAAAACACGAGGAGCGGGAUCAGCAACAAGCCUUGUUGCUGCAUUGGAUCCGAAACUGAGCCUUCCUGAGACCAAGGGCGAUAAGGAAAACCACGGGGUUUACCUUAUAGAUUGCCAGAUUUCCGAUCGAGCGAACUCCUAUUCAACCUCAAGCGAGGGGGCUGAAAGGCUAUGGAAGCUAUCCGAAGACUUGGUCAAAGAAAAGUUCGCUUGGUGAGGGAGUAACAGGGGGUUUGCGCUGUUGGAUCUGCUGGUGAAGGUAUUGGUACCUUCUACUGUUGGACAUAGGAUGUGGGACGAAGAAAAACUCCUCUCUCUAAUAGCGCUCGGGAUGCCAUAGCUAUUACUCUUAUUCCCUAGAGAAUACACUCCCUUCAAGACGCAAACAUGUUUAUAAUUCGUAAAUAAGUUUACGUAAACGGGCCUGAUCGAUACAGC